CCAUUUCUAAACGCCGUUGCUUGGAAAAUAAGUGUGCAAGCAAAAAUACGGCAAUAGGUCAGCCUCUUCUUGCUGCUAUUUCAUAAAAGGACUUUUUUCAAGUUAAAAUCUUGAAGGCAAUUAAUACAUUCUACAUUUCAUAUGACUGUUUAAGGACAGCAUUUUACUUUUAAAUGCAGCAGACCCCAGUGGAUGACGAAAUUCAGUGCAUUUUGGCUUUCUCUCUAAACUUUGAAACCAUUCAUGGAAGCUGAUGGGAAUGCCCCUGUUCCCUUGCGUCAGAAGGCAAAAAAGAAAAGUCAAGGGUUCUUUAUAAUGAGUCGACGAAGGAUAUCAUGUAAAGAACUGGGGCAAGCUGAUUGCCAAGGAUGGCUCUACAAAAAGAAGGAAAAAGGAGCUUUCAUUGGUAACAAAUGGAAGAAGUUCUGGUGUGUUCUGAAGGAGUCAUCGUUAUAUUGGUACAGCAGUCAGCUGGCUGAAAAAGCAGAAGGAUUUAUCAGACUUCCAGACUUCAGUGUGGACAGAGCAACGGAGUGCAAAAAAAAGCAUGCUAUUAAGAUCAGCCACCCACAGAUCAAGACAUUUUAUUUUGCAGCAGAAAAUGUUCUGGAAAUGAACACGUGGCUAAGCAAGCUGGGGAUCGCUGUAGAUCCUCAGGCACCCAAUGGAAAGAGCGAAGAAGAAUGCUAUAGUGAAAGUGAACAUGAUGACCCAGAAAUAACAGACACACUGCCUCCCUCAUAUGUGGCCCAGCCACCACCUCCUCAGUUACAGGAUCAACAGAAAUCCUCUUUGACAUCAACUCUGUCAAGCGAAGCAUCUUGUUCUCUUUCCUCUCCUGAAAGCACUUUCAAUUCCCAAGAAUCAUCAUCUUCCUUAACGUCCAAAGUGGUUUAUUCUGAGAGGCAGUCUCUGCUUGACUUCGUUAACAACUCUGCCAUGGAAGAGAGUGAUCAGCCUUUAACUUUCUGUGUACAGAUUCAAUCUGAUGAGCAGACAGAAGUAGACUGUGGAGAAAAAGCAGAAAGUCAGAUCUGUCCUGGUGGUGGACCUGAAAACACUUUCUUAGGUCUGGAUGCACAUUGCCUAACUGUGCCAGAUGCAGCAGGACAGAUAACACUCGCCAAAGAUCAUGAAAAAUGUGAUGAUGAUGAGAUGGAGAGACUUUACAAGUCAUUAGAACAAGCAAGUCUGUCUCCCAUUGGUGAUCGCCGGCUGUCAACCAAGAAGGAGCUUAGGAAGUCAUUUAUCAAACGCAGCAAAAACCCCUCCAUUAAUGAGAAACUCCACAAAAUUCGAAUGCUGAACAGCACACUAAAGUGUAAGGAACAUGACUUGGCUACAAUUAACCAGUUGUUAGAGGACCCAAAGUUGACGGCGAUGAAAUACAGAGAGUGGAGGAACACAAACAUCAUGCUAGUUCAAGACAUCUAUCAGCAGCAGGAGGUCCAGGAUGUGUCUACAGAGAACAGUGAGGAGCAAGAGACAACUCCACUGCCUGUCACUGAAAGUGCUAUAUGAAGCCAUGGAUUGACAGUUGACUGCAAGAUUUUUUUCCCCAAGAGUCUUCACAUACAGACACUUUAAACUGCUGCAUUGUGAGGUUGAUUUUUUUGUCAAGUGUUCUUCAUAAGUUAAACAGCCCCUCCUGCAAAACUUUAUUUCCUUUUGUAAAUUCCUCUAAAUCAAAAAAAGGAUGCUUGAAUCUGGGUUAAGAAGAAUGUUUUAUGAAGCAGUGAACAAAUAUUUUUCCAUACUAGGAGAAGUGGUAAAUGUGCAAUUCCUGGAAGUCACAGUGCUGUAUAAUAUGGACUAUAUAAAUGUCAGAUCAUUGGGGUUGUAUUAAUCAUUGAACUUACUGAUAAAAGAAGCUACAACAAUGCCAACAAUAUGUAAUCUUCUAUCUACCUUUUGACCCUGUAUGGUAACUCAAAAUUUAUAUAUUUUUUUCAUCUCUACGUUCAUUCACUUUGACUGCUCUACCAGUCUAAACCAAGAAAAAAUGAGUAGAAAUUAUGCAUAAAUUUUUACUACACACCACUCUCAGACACCCAGUUUUGUAAUGCCUAAUGUUGUAUGACACUGACAUUUAUUUAUGGACCAGACCAAAGUACUGCCAUUCUUCAAGAACAGAAGGUCUCUCUGUGUUUGGUUACAUGUAAAUCGCUCUUCAGUGAGGUAAAUAAUAUCUCAACAUAUUUCAACUUCUCUUAUGGAUUUGGCAGAACUUCCUGGAAGGCUACUUGCUUCUUCCAUGUUUUAAAGAAGCAUGAGUAGAUAGGGUACAAGUUCAUUCCAAACUCUCAAAUCAAGCAAGGUGAUCAAGUCUCCAAGGCAGAAGCUAAAAACUUAAAUUCCUGAUUUAAGUGGAACUGAAAACAUAAAGCAUAGCUGCAAAUGUUUUUGUAAAUAUAUGUCAUUUUAUGGCUUGUAUGAAUGUGACUAUGUACUGUAUAUAUGUUUUAUUUAUAUAUUUAUAUAUGCUGAAUUUCCUAAUGUUGAUAGGAUGACAUGGACCAGACUCACUUAGAUGAGAGUGUUUGCAUGUUGACUUGAAAUGCCUCUUUGUUCCAGUAUAAAUCACUGAAAGGGCUCUUGAAUGGAGAGUACCUUGAUACUUCUACUGUAACUGCUUAUUCUGUUUUCAACCUAGCUUUGUGAUUCAGAUGAAGAAAAUCUGUGUAUUUUAAGGCAAGGGUUUGUUUUUUGCUUUUCCAUAUUCAGCAUUAAUGCAAGUAGGAGGAACUUUUCAGAGUUUUGAAAAGCAAGAAUUAACCCACCAUACUCCAAAUGAUGCCACUACAAGUAAUGUGGGAAUCUGCUCUUCUGUUUGCUAUCUUGUAAAGAUACUGUCAUUAGUUUUUAAUGGGGUUUAUCUUUUAAAGCAAAAUACAGCAUAUUCACCUGUUCUUAUCAGAGAUAUAUUUUAUUGUAUCUUGAUCAAGAAAACAAAUAGUAGUAACAUGAAAUAUUUUCCGCCUACUAAGCAGUAAUUCCAAUUGUUAAUGUUGCAAUGUUAACAGUCAACAGAUUUCCUUUGAUAUAGACAUUACUGGAGAAGGAUACUUGAGCAGAUAGUAGCUGGUUGAAUGCAGAGCUGCUCUCAGGAUUGCAUCAUUGCCUCAAUUAUAAAAGGUUUUAGGAAUGUGAGGGUCAGGAACAGUGUUGGCAUAGGACUUAAUGACUGGAGUUAGUUAAUUUGUUGGUGGGGAUUAGAAGUUAGAUGAUACCUGGAAGUGGGUAGCAAGGACUAAAUGGGGAAGCAGGUAAAAACCUGAGGUUAUUCAAAAGCUGAUAUUACUAGGAAACCAUCGUAUAAGUGAUAAUUUCUGACCAUGCAGAAGCAAGGCGUGUAAUGCAAUUUCUUUUCAAAAGCAUCUUCAAUAGUUAGAUAGUUAGAUCUUAUGAACAAAGACAUGCUUAACUGCUCUGUUGCUGACUGCACUAGUCAGUGCCCUGCAGUUCUGCAUAAAUUCCUAGCCAACUCCAUUUGCUAAAGUACGUCUGAAUCACACUACGGAAAGAAGUAGGGAGCCUAUACAACGUUUUUUCACACAGUUUAUACCAUGAUAUGCAAAACGGGUUUCUUAAAUGCAGAGACAAAUGUCCUCAGACUGCCUGAAUUCUACUAUUUUUUUUUUUUUUUUUUUUGACUUCGUUAAAAUAGCCUAAAAUGACUUUAAAUUACUCUCUUUUCAUUGGUUAGUAGGUAAUUAUUGUUGAGCUACUGAGUUUUUGGAAAUCUCAGGAUGGGUUAUAUCACCCUCUUAGAAAAGAGCAGAAAAUUAUUGAUCAGGGUUACUUCUAAUUCAGAUAUUAUUUUAGAGAAUUCCUGUGUGUUCAAGAAAAAUAUAUGGGUUUUAUGCAAGUGCAGUGUUCUCUUCUUUCUCUUCGGCUGCUUUUUAGACCCCAAACAAAUGGAAAGCAUGGGAAAUAAGAAGUGAAAAUGUUAAUAAAAUGGGAUUAAUUUUCUAGCAUUAUUAAUUAAUGCAACAUUUCUCACCUGGAUUCAUCAAUCAAUUCAUCCAUUCAGCAAUGUGAGAGACACAGAUGGAGAAGAACAAUACAUGGGACAACGGCUGUAACUGGUGGACGUGACAGGGAGCCAUUGUCAGCAGGAGAAGCUUGGACAACUGUUUGCUCUGCUCAGUCAUAUUUAGGAUAACUGGUACCUGAGCAUAUAUUUGAUUGGUCUCAAUUUGGAAGGACUGCAUUACUGACUCAUACUGUGGGGAGGUGUUACGUUUGUCUCUGGUAGCUUUUCUGGAAAUCAGAUCUCUUUGUUUUGAGGCUGUAGAUCUCAUGAGCUACCGGAGUGAGUUGAGAUCACAUUUCUUUGCCUAAGAUAGGAAAAGUGUCGUGCUGGGUUUGAGAAUUGCUUCUGCAUAUAAUUCUGGUGAUUUACUCAAUACUGAGUUGCAGUGGAAACAGGAAUAAAUUAUGUAAUAUAA